AUGGUACUUCUGUGCUCAAAGAAGGCUCAAGGGCUGUAUGCCCAUGUCAAGAGUGCUGUUGUGUUAGCGGUUAUGGUCGUGACAACGUGGUUCCAGAUCUCGACCAACGACAAAAUCGCCAAAUUGGGCCCAAAGCCUGAAGGAGGGAGUUGGUGGCCGCGGGACUGCGUGGCCCCUUGGAGAGUGGCCAUUGUGGUGCCGUUCAGGGACAGAGAGGCCAUGAUGGGUCCAUUUCUGAGCCACAUGCAUCCGUUUCUCCAGCGCCAAUUGCUAAAUUAUACCAUCUAUAUCGUGGAACAGACAGCUAACAAAAUCUUCAACAAGGCGAAGCUGCUGAACAUCGGGUACAAACACGCACAAGCAGAAGGCCCGUGGGACUGCUAUGCUUUCCACGAUGUAGACUGCAUUCCCGAAGACGACAGGAAUCUCUACUACUGCAGCAGUCAGCCGAGACACCUGGCCGUCGGUCCGGACAAAUUUAAUUACAAGUGGGUUCUUUUACGGUGGUUUCGGCCGUCUGUUUGCCGCCAUUACCGCAUACCGUUCGAAUGCGAUGAUGAAGCCUUGACUUCGGAUUAAGAAUGUCUGUAACUU